AUGAGUGAUGGGUCCAGAAGCUCAAGUAAUGAACCAGGGCUGCCUACCGUGAAGAAAAGAUCACUAAGCAAUUACCUUUCAAACAUACAAAACCGCAGAGAGGAGUUGGGGAGAGUUGUUAAGAAAGAGGAGGAUAAAGCCAAACAUGGAGCAGCCACUAGCGGGGCAAAUUCUACGAAAGAAGCUGGAGUGAAGGAGGACGCACCGAAACAUAGUGAUAGCCUUGGCGUUAAAAAGACCGAAAACGAGAUGAGGGAUGAACUAAGAGAGAAGAGUAUGCUGGAAGCUAGCAGAGACCUUGGUAAUACAGAUUCCUCAGCUGGGCAAGAAAAAGUUUCUAAGGGUGCGCCAAAACCACCGGGUGAUGAGAAUGGCGGAAAAGAAGAGAACAAGAACGGGAGCGGUUCGGACCAGUCUUUGUCGACAACGCGUGCUCCAUCAGAGAGCAAAGACAAUUGUACUGUAAAAAAUAAAUCAGAGGAUCCGAAGAGCGAAACUGUGGGGGAAGCUUCUGAAGCUGAAAAGGAUAGCCGAAAAAAUGCCAACGAAGAUAGUUCUGAUGUCAAAACAGCACCUAAAGGUUCUAUAAUAAAAUCAGAACUUAUUCAGCUAAUUGAAGAACCUGAGAAAGAAAAACCAAGAGAAAAAAACGAAGAAAUUGAAAGCGAGCUGAGUGAAGUCGAUAGUGAUGCACCUACAGAGCCUGCUUCGCCCCCCAAGCCCAGGUUAGGACGACUUAUAAGAGGUGAUCAACUGAAAUCUCCAACAAAGUCCAACUCUCGUUAUUUCUCUACGGGUAAUAGCGAAGAGUCGGAACUUUCUGAUAUAGAAGACUUGAAUCACUUACCAAUUUCGAGCAGUAUUCUACACGGUGACUCGUCACCGCACAAGCCUUCACAUAUUGGCCUAAAUUCAUCACCCGUGAACCUUGUCCAUUCGAAACCUAAACCGACUACUGCGGUCAAAUCGCACGUAGCCAUCAGUAAAACCACGAAAACCCGGAAGUCAGGCGUUCAUAGGGAUGCUGGGGGCCGAACCAGGUUACAAAUUGCCUGCGACAAGGGAAAACACGAUGUCGCUAAAAGACUCAUUCAGGAAGGUUAUGAUGUUAACGACCAAGACAACGCUGGAAAUUCGCCGCUGCAUGAGGCUGCUUUAAAUGGCCACCUGGAUAUUGUAAAGCUAUUGCUAAGCAAUGGAGCGGAUGUGAAUAUCCAGUCCCAUGAGCCAGUCAAAGACACACCCUUGAUUGAUGCCGCUGCGAAUGGCCACUUAAAAGUGGUUAAACUACUUUUGAAAUAUAAUGCUGAUCCAACAAUUUCAAACGCCAAAGGGCUCACAGCUUUUGAGUCUAUUGAUGAAGAUUCUGAUUUUGACAGUGAAGAGCGGAAGCUGGUGCGCGACCUCAAAUACGAGUUACGAAAAGCAGCCACAGAAUUUGGCAAUAACCCCGGAAGACAAGCGCGCUCGUCAUCCAAAAACGGUUUCUCAGAAAGUGAAAGGUCUUCCUCUAAUGCUCGAAUGGAAGAAGAGUUUUUUUGGACAGACAUAUCAUCAAAGGCGGGCAGAGAAAAGCUUUUAAGAGCCUCGCGAGAAGGGAAGCUUUCUUAUGUUGGAGCGUAUCUCGAAAAUGGUGGCCGUGUUGAUUUCAAGUCUUUCACAGAAGCUGUGAGAUCAGGACACGAGGACAUUACAAGUUUAUUUCUUGCUUUCGGUGCACAGCCUAACUUGGUUCUGCGGGAUGGCCAAACUCCUUUAAUGAUGUCGUUGGGGCGUGGUCAUAUAGGGACUGCUAAACUUUUACUUGAGGCGGGCGCGAAUCCAUUAGCGAAAGACAAGAAAGGCAAGUCGGUGCUGAGCUAUGCCAAAAAUAGCGAAUUGGGGCUUGUGAGUGAAGACGAAGUUCAGCUUAUUGAAAACGCGAUAAGAAAGGAACGUCGAUCAAACGAAGAAUUUUGGAAUAGAGAAAGUCCAGGGUCAGAACGCACCGAGAAAAGCCAACAGCAGGAAGAACAGGAUGAAUCAACCAAGGCAAGCAAUCAAUCACCACAAAAGGCCCGUUUACUUUCAACUAAAUCCACUGUUCCUCAAAAAAGACCUCAUUCCUACGAGUCACAGUCAAACACAAACAUUUCAGACGUUAAAGAACCCUCUCCAGAGGUGGAUGCCGGCUCCAGAAACCCCUUUAUUCAGGAUAGCUUCGAAGGUUAUGCAGGCAAUAGAAGGUCUCCAAGAGAUGGUUCACUAAGUCCAGGGACAGUGCUGCCUAUGUCAGACCCACCGAGAAGCCAGACCUCAACACCGGCAUAUCCGGGAAGUGUAAAGGCUGUCGAGACUACCGAAGAGCGUGAACAGAGAUUGAAAGCGGAAGAAUCUUACAGACAAAAGAGGUUGCUUAAUAAAAAGAAGAAGGAACAAGAGUUUUUACAGAAGAUUGCAGAGGACGAACGGAAACGGGAGGAAGAGAUCGCACGACAGGAUGCUGAGCGUGCCAAAAAGCUUGAAGAAGAAAAGGCCAAACAGGCUGAGAGAGAGAUCCAGAAGCGCACUGAGGCUGAGCUCGAACGCCGUCGUAAAAUUAGAGCGCAAUAUCCGUUGGGGCUUCGCGCCAUUGAUUUUGACAGAAAAGACGAAUUUCAAAGAUUUCUGCCAAUAUAUUAUGUGACAAUUGAUGGUCUCAGACAUGUGCUGGAUUUACAGGUUUGCAUCCUUUUAAAGGAUGAGUCGUUUUUAGCCAAGUGCGAGAAUGGCAGAGACAUCCCCCAAGCACAAAAGGAGCAGAUUUGGAAUAUAUUCAAGUUCAUAUUCCUCUACGGCGGGAGAAAAUCUACCGAUAAAGCGUUUGGAAGUCAGGCACUUUCAGGUAUUGAUAGGCUUUCGUUUAAAGACCUCGCUGAGCUUGAUAAUGCCGAGCGUCAAAAGUUUGCAAACCUACCUCUACGAUGGAUACCGUGGAACUCUGUCUCAUUCCCCGAGGGGACUGAAAUUAUAAAAGAAGCUGCUGAAUCUCAAAUGAUUGAAGUCAGUCUGGAGCAACAUACGACGAGCUGGCUCGGCGCUCAGACCAAUUCUACAAAUGCAUCACACUAUAAUUCACAUCAAGUCCCUCUUUCUACGGCCAUUCGGCAGAUCCCGCAAGAAGUAUAUGGGGACCUUCCACCACGGCUCCGCAAUCGCUCAAGCAUUUUGAAGGUCUUAAAAGGUCCCCGCCCCUCAUGGUAG